CGAGGACUUGAGAGGGAGUUCCGGUUCCGGUGGGCUUAGGCCGUGCAGUAGUGCGACGUGUACCUAGACUCUCUGUGCAGGCGGACAUCAUGGAUCAGGUAAUGCAGUUCGUGGAGCCAAGUCGGCAGUUUGUGAAGGACUCAAUUCGCCUGGUCAAAAGAUGCACCAAGCCUGAUAGAAAAGAAUUCCAGAAGAUUGCCAUGGCAACAGCAAUAGGAUUUGCUAUAAUGGGAUUUAUUGGCUUUUUUGUGAAAUUGAUCCAUAUCCCCAUUAAUAACAUAAUUGUUGGUGGCUGAAUAUCUUUACAGAUGAAUGUUUUUCAUCUUGGGGAUUGGUGAAGAAGUGAGACUUUGAGAAGUUCAUGAAGUAAAAAUUUGCCCCAUAUAUUUUGUGUUUUUUCCUAUUUUUCUUCCAAGGUGUUUUCUAUUCCUAAAUUAAAAUAUAAUUUCAAAAUAAACUUCUUUUUCUCUGUUACA